UCUUAUGUGAAUGAACUACAAUUACAGUACAUAGCUGGAUAUAGAGAGAUUGUUUGAUCAUAUACUCAACACAAAUUUAUUAUUUAUUUCCAAUUCCAGGUGCUCUUUGAUUUUUCAUUUAUUUAAUUAUUUAUUAUUCUCUCAUGCCAUUAAAUGGAGCAGCUUUGUUUAUAUAUGUAUAAUACAAGAAAGAGGAGAGGAAGAGAUAGAUGAUGAUGAUUUUGCAGGAUCAUAAAAAAUCUGAUUGCUUCUUUUAGAGAAUCGCUAUCUGGGUAGACAGCCAGGCUUUUCCUUUUUCCCUUUCUAUUGCAAAUCAGCACCUACCCUUUUUUGUCACGGAUUGAUUUGACUACGUGUCAUAAAUCUCUUGGAGAACAAGAUCUUAUGCUGUUGUUGUUGAUUGUCUUUUUCAAGGUAAUAGUAAUCAAGUCUGUAUUUUCUUUUCUAUCAAGGUAUUGUAUUCUGUCAUUCAAUCACACCCUUUUUUUCUUCUCUCUGUAAGGAAAGAUUAGAGGCAGACACGUGUUAGUUUUGUUUGGGGUUUUGGAUUUGAUCAAAUUAGUUGAAAAGGGCUGGUUGGGUUUUUUUUUCCUUGAAAGUUGAGGUUUUUGAUGUAAAUUGUACUGAUUGAGAUCGCUUUGAAGGGCUUUUUUUUUUUUUUUUUUUUUUUUUGCAGUUUUGAGCUUCUGUGUAUCUUUAAUUUAGUGUUUUUUUCGUGAGUAAAUAGGGUGUUUCUUGAUCUGGGCUAGUUGUUUGUAGGUCAUUUUUGGGUUGAGGAGUGAUAAAGAAGUUGGAACUGCAUGUUUGAGGUUUUUGGAGGUGGGAGUGGUUUCUUUGAAUUUCGGAUUGAUUAGGGGGAUUUUUCUGACUGGUUGUUUAGUGAUGACAUUAAUAAUUGGUGUUGUUUCUUGGUUUGAUGAAAUGAAUAAUUGAAGAUGAGAUUUUUUUUAAUAUUGCUAGUUGGUUAAGAGUGUCAAAUGAGUAUAGCAUAAUGAACGGGGCAGUAAGGAUUGGAUUUAGAUGGAAUCUUCUGACAAGACGUUCUCUGAGCUAAGUCGCCUUUUGAAAUCCUGGAUCCCUUGGCGCUCUGAGCCUGCUAGCGUGUCAAGGGAUUUUUGGAUGCCCGAUCAGAGUUGUAGGGUAUGCUACGAGUGUGAUUCUCAAUUUACAGUAUUUAAUCGCAGACAUCAUUGUCGACUUUGUGGCCGAGUUUUCUGUGCCAAGUGUACAGCCAACUCAGUUCCUGUUCCAUCUUGUGAUCCAGGGUCUGCUCGGGAAGAGUGGGAGAAGAUUCGGGUGUGUAAUUAUUGUUUCAGGCAAUGGCAGCAAGGUUUAGCUACUUCUGAUAAUGGAAUCCAGGUUCCCUGCCUGGAUUUUAGUACUUCACCUUCUGCAGCAAGUUUUAUCAGCACUAGAUCUAGCGGCACAGCUAACAGUAGUAGCAUCACUCUUGGCUCAAUGCCAUACUUAGUUAAGCCUAAUCAGCAAGCUCAGACCAGUUCCAGUCUCAGCCCUCAAGCAUCUGAAAUGGAGACCAGUUCUGAUAAGCAAGGGGAAGUGGCAUCAGCUAGGGGCAAAGACCCUGUUGCUGACAUGGAGUAUAGAACUCCAGAUGGAUAUACGUUUUCUAUGAACAGAAGUGAUGAUGAUGAUGACGAGUAUGGUGCAUAUCGGUCUGAUUCUGAAACAAGGCAAUUUCCACAAGUCAAUGAUUACUAUCCUCAAGUUGAGUUUGACGACAUGGGUAAUGAUGGUGGAUCUCACAAGGGUCAUCUUGAUGGAGAAACUGUUGACCCAAAAAGUUUAAGCAGUUCUCCAUUAAACCACAGUUUUGGUUCACAGAAUUUGGAAGGAAGGUCACAGCUAAGGAAAAAGGAUGAACAUGAGAUGGAUGAUGAAUGCGAAGCACCUUCCUCUAUGUAUAGUGGAGAAGAUGGUGACACUGAACCUGUGGAUUUUGAGAACAAUGGAGUGCUCUGGCUCCCUCCAGAGCCAGAAGAUGAAGAAGAUGAGAGGGAAGUUGGUUUUUUUGAAGAUGAUGACGACGACAAGGAUGCUGCUGGAGAGUGGGGAUAUUUACGUUCCUCCGGCAGUUUUGGAAGUGGAGAAUUUCGUAACAGAGAUAGGUCAGGUGAGGAGCGCAAGAAGGUUAUGAAGAAUGUGGUUGAUGGGCAUUUUAGGGCUUUGGUAUCUCAACUGUUACAGGUUGAGAAUGUUCCUGUGGGAGAUGAAAAUGAUAAAGAGAGCUGGUUGGAGAUCAUCACAUCUUUGUCAUGGGAGGCUGCUACUCUAUUAAAGCCAGAUACAAGCAAAGGUGGAGGAAUGGACCCUGGUGGAUAUGUGAAAGUAAAAUGCAUUGCUUCUGGACGCCGCUGUGAGAGUAUGGUGGUCAGAGGAGUUGUUUGUAAGAAAAACAUUGCUCAUCGUCGAAUGACUUCAAAAAUUGAGAAACCUCGAUUAUUGAUCCUUGGAGGGGCUCUUGAGUACCAGCGAGUUUCUAAUCACCUGUCAAGUUUUGAUACUCUAUUACAGCAGGAAAUGGACCAUUUGAAGAUGGCAGUGGCAAAGAUAGAUGCACACAACCCUGAUGUCCUUUUAGUGGAGAAUUCAGUAUCGCGACAUGCACAGGAAUACCUUCUUGCUAAAGACAUAUCUCUUGUUCUUAAUAUCAAGAGGCCACUUUUAGAACGUAUAGCCCGCUGUACAGGUGCUCAAAUAGUUCCUUCAGUUGAUCAUCUCUCUUCCCCAAAGUUGGGGUACUGUGAGAAGUUCCAUGUGGAGAGAAUUUUGGAAGAUCUUGGUACUGCUGGGCAUAGUGGGAAAAAACUGGUGAAGACAUUAAUGUAUUUUGAAGGAUGCCCAAAGCCAUUGGGUUUUACGAUUUUACUUAGAGGCGCCAAUGGGGAUGAGUUGAAGAAAGUGAAACACGUGGUCCAAUAUGGUGUUUUUGCAGCAUAUCACCUGGCUUUGGAGACUUCUUUUCUUGCUGAUGAAGGAGCCACUCUACCAGAACUCCCGUUGAACUCUCCAAUAACCGUUGCACUUCCAGAUAAACCAUCAAGCAUUGAGAGAUCCAUAUCAACUGUACCUGGAUUCACUAUUGCGGCCAAUGAAAAACCUCAAGGACUGCAAUCUAGCAAUGAACCACAAAGAUCCAAUAGCGCCCCUACUGCUAGUCUGGUCCCAACCAUAAUCAGUUCAUCUGUUGACAAAGUAAAAGCAGCAGAUGGUCUCAGCACUCAAUCCUCAGAAUUCACCCAAUGUCGCUUCAAUUCAACUGAAUUUCUUUCUGCUUUUCCUUAUAUGGUGAAAGUUGUAUCAGAUUCUUACCAAACAUUUGAGGACAAAAACAAAACGGAUUCUGGAGAUUCUCUAGUAGCUGAAAUUGCUCCGGUUAAUAAUGGUUUGGCUGCCAUUGGUGAUCAACUUAAUAUUAACAGUUUUGGGUCUUCAGAUGGUGUUGCAAAGAACUUUUCCCAGAGUGAUUUCAAUGAAAUAAUCACAACUCAUCCACAAAGUUCAGAGGUAUCAUCUGCACAAGAAGAUUCUAGAAGGAACCUUGAAGAGUCAGAACCUUUAAAAGAAGAGUUUCCUCCCUCUCCUUCUGAUCAUCAGAGCAUUUUGGUUUCCUUGUCAUCCCGGUGUGUAUGGAAGGGGACUGUCUGUGAGAGGUCCCAUCUCAUCCGUUUCAAAUACUAUGGGAACUUUGACAAACCUUUGGGUCGGUUUUUGCGUGACCAUUUAUUUGACCAGAGUUACAGCUGCCGUUCUUGUGAGAUGCCAUCAGAAGCACAUGUUCAUUGUUAUACUCACAGGCAAGGAACCCUCACUAUAUCUGUUAAGAAGCUACCGGAAAUACUCUUACCAGGUGAAAAGGAUGGAAAAAUCUGGAUGUGGCACAGAUGCCUGAUGUGUCCGCGGAUCAAUCGUUUUCCUCCAGCUACUCGUAGAGUAGUAAUGUCAGAUGCUGCCUGGGGUUUAUCUUUUGGGAAAUUUUUGGAGCUUAGUUUUUCAAAUCAUGCAGCUGCAAGCAGGGUGGCAAGCUGUGGUCAUUCUCUCCAUAGGGAUUGUCUUCGUUUCUAUGGAUUCGGGAAAAUGGUUGCUUGCUUUCGAUAUGCAUCGAUUAAUGUUCUCUCUGUGUACCUUCCACCCGCGAAAGUUGAUUUCAGCUCUGAGAAUCAAGAGUGGACGCAGAAAGAAACAGAUGAGGUGGUCAAUCAGGCAGAGCUUCUUUUUUCUGAAGUGCUCAAUGCUCUUAGUCAAAUAUCAGAGAAACGAUGUAAGAUUGAGCAAAAUAACAGUGGCAUGAAACUCCCUGAAUCAAGACGCCAAAUUGCAGAAUUUGAAUCGAUGUUGCAAAAGGAGAAGGCAGAAUUUGAGGAGUCGCUCCACAAAGUCUUGAACAAGGAAUUGAAAAAUGGGCAAUCUGUUAUUGACAUUCUUGAGAUCAACAGACUGCGGAGACAGUUAGUAUUCCAGUCUUACAUGUGGGACAACCGCCUGGUCUAUGCAGCCAGUUUAGAUAACAACAGCUUCCAUGAUGGUUCAAACAGCUCAACUUCAGGACAGGAGGAAAAACCAAUAGGGCCAGCUAAUAGUGAUAAGCUCAUUGAGGAAAAUGUUGAUGCCAAGCUGCUUAAAGCCUCUAACCAGCAAGGAGGCUUUGGUAGCAACACAAACCAAUGUGAUGCAGUUGGUCAAGAAAUAGAUGUUUGUCAAGGUCCCAGUCAUGGAAAAGGAGGCCAAGCUAAUCCUUUUGCUGCUAUGCCUGCCCGUGAUCUAUCUGACAUUAAGGAAUCUGGUGGAAAAUUUUUUAGGACCCUUUCUGAUGGACAGGAUCCUGUCAUGGCAAAUCUAUCAGAUACCCUUGAUGCUGCUUGGAUAGGUGAGAAUCAACCUGGAAGUGGGACAUUUAAGGAUGCUAGUAGUAGGCUUUCUGAUUCAGCUAUGGAAGAGUCUUCAACCACAGCUGUAGGGUUGGAGGGGGUAGGUUUGGAGGGCCAUGUCGAAGACCAAGUUGGAUCCAAAGUGUGCUAUUCUCCUUCACCUGCAUUGUCUACCAAGGACCCUGAUAACAUGGAAGAUUCUAUGAGCUGGCUAAGAAUGCCCUUCUUGAAUUUCUAUAGUUCGUUCAACAAUAAUUGUUUAACAAGCUCUGAGAAGCUUGAUAGUCUGAGGGAGUAUAACCCUGUCUAUAUUUCAUCCUUUAGGAAGUUGAAACUCCAAGAUCAGGCUAGGCUGCUUCUGCCUGUGGGUGUGAAUGACACGAUCAUUCCUGUAUACGACGAUGAACCCACAAGUCUUAUAUCUUAUGCUUUAUUAUCGCAAGAAUAUCAUGCCCAACUAACUGAUGAGGGGGAAAGAGUAAAAGAAUCUGGAGAAUUCAGUCCAUUCUUAAGUUUAUCUGAUACGACGUUCCACUCUUCUGAUGAAACAAGUUUUGAUUCUUAUAGAAGUUUUGGAUCUACAGAUGAGAGCAUCUUAUCCAUGUCUGGAUCUCGUGGCUCCUUGAUUUUGGACCCGCUCUCCUACACAAAGGCUUUGCAUGCCAGAGUUUCUUUUGGAGAUGACAGCCCUGUUGGUAAGGCAAGAUAUUCCGUGACAUGCUACUAUGCAAAACGGUUUGAAGCCUUAAGGAGGAUAUGUUGUCCAUCUGAACUUGAUUAUAUAAGGUCUCUUAGUCGUUGUAAGAAGUGGGGAGCUCAAGGUGGCAAGAGCAAUGUCUUCUUUGCAAAAACCUUGGAUGAUCGCUUUAUCAUCAAACAAGUCACAAAAACAGAAUUGGAGUCGUUUAUUAAAUUUGCUCCUGCUUACUUCAAGUAUCUCUCUGAGUCAAUUAGCUCAAGAAGUCCAACAUGCCUGGCAAAGAUUUUGGGAAUUUAUCAGGUUACAUCGAAGCUUCUGAAAGGUGGGAAAGAAACGAAGAUGGACGUUCUAGUUAUGGAAAACCUUCUAUUUAGGAGGAAAGUGACCCGCCUUUAUGAUCUUAAAGGAUCUUCCCGGUCACGGUAUAAUCCGGAUUCUAGUGGGAGCAACAAGGUUCUGCUGGAUCAGAACUUGAUUGAAGCAAUGCCGACCUCUCCCAUUUUUGUGGGAAACAAGGCAAAGCGGCUGCUGGAAAGAGCUGUCUGGAAUGACACUUCUUUUCUUGCAUCGAUUGAUGUAAUGGAUUACUCAUUAUUGGUUGGGGUGGAUGAAGAGAAGCACGAGUUAGUACUUGGGAUAAUUGAUUUCAUGAGGCAGUAUACAUGGGACAAGCAUUUGGAAACAUGGGUCAAGGCUUCAGGCAUACUUGGCGGUCCAAAGAAUGCUUCACCAACUGUUAUUUCUCCGAAGCAAUAUAAGAAGAGGUUCAGGAAAGCGAUGACGACCUAUUUUCUGAUGGUCCCAGAUCAAUGGUCCCCUCCCACUAUCAUUCUAAGUAAAUCCCAAUCUGAUUUUGGCGAAGAGAACACACAAGGUGCGACUUCAGUUGACUGAUAUUGUGGGUCCGUUUUCUUGUACAUUUAAACUUGAAUUUUGGGAUCUUCCCACAAUUUUUCUCUCAUUCUUAAUUUUUCCUUUCAUUUUUUAUUUUUUAUUUUUGUUCUAUAGAAAUUACUGUUGUAACUUUAGUUAAGAAGAGAAGCUUAUAAUUAUUUGUUAGGAAAUGCAGAACAAGGCUGUCAUAGCCAUGAGAUUCGGUUGGGGGUAUAAUAUUGGAUGACCUUCCUUGAAAUCGAAAAAAAAAAAAAUCUUAUCAUUGCAACUUGUAUAUGUAUUUCGAAUUAAUAUUAUGUCUUGUAUUUUAGUGCUGUUUUUGA